AUGUUCUUCUCCUCACAUUUGCCAGAUUCCACCUGUUUUAUCUGCUUCAUCCUACCACAUUUCUGUUUACUUCAUCCCAGUUCAUAUCAUUCCACCUCCCUUGUUUUUGUUUUGGUCCCACCCAUCUUGCGUUUUCCUCUGUCCCACCCAUCUUGCGUUUGUCUCCGUCCCACCUCGCUUGCGUUUGUCUCCGUCCCACCUCGCUUGCGUUUGUCUCCGUCCCACCUUCUUUGUGUUUGCCUCCGUCCCACCUUCUUUGCGUUUGUCCCCGUCCCACUUCCCUUGUGUUUGAAUGUCCCACCUCCCUUGCAUUUUUCUCAUCCCCAUCUACCAUACAUUUUCCUUGUCCCACAGCCUUCCCAUUUGCCUAGUUCUACCUCCUUUGCAAUUGCCUCAUUUCACCCAGAAUCUUCUUCCCUCCUCCUUUUUGCUUCAUCCCAUCAAACCUGCCUGCCCCACCCCCCAAUGUUUGCCUCAACCUAUUCUGGACCUUUCUCCACCUGGAACAUUUGCCUUAACCAACUCUGUACCUUUUUUUUCCUCUCCCAUUUUCCUCAAAUGUCUCUAAACCUUCUCCUGCUUCUGUUUACCUCAAUCCACUCCAAACAUUUGACCCCCCCCCUGCCGCUCGUUUGCCUUCUUCCCACUUCCACUUUCCUCAAAGCUUCUUAUUUUAUGUUCCACCUUCAUUUUUACUUUCCCCCAUUUUUAAUCAUUUCUUUCUCAACUCUCCAAGCCUACCACCACACGCACUGGGUGCCAAACUUACCCUGUUCUUUGUCUCCACCCUACACUAGUAUUUUCAGUCAACCCUUUCCUUUCUUCUUGUGUCAGCAUUAUCAUCUUUUCUAA